AUGAACGUGGGAAUAUCGUUAAAAGAAAUUAUAGGGUAUCCAAAGGAGCGAUUAAAAUCUUGUCGAACUCAGAAUAUUGUAGCGGCAGCAGUGAUACUUCUCGUUACCACCAUAUUAAAUAAUCCAAUUUCAAUUGAUGAUAAUUCGAAUGUUUUAGGAAUGACUACAUUAUCUAUUAAAAGUGUUUGUCGUAUGAUUGAAGCGGAAAAAGAUAAAUUUCGAGAUUUAUUUCCUGCUGCUAUUACUAGUAAUAUCAAUAUGAAUAUGAAUGUUAAUAGUGGUUGA